UGUCUUCAAGAAAAACCGGAAGGUCACAUCGGACAGUGUGGCCUGCGGUACCUUAUGUUUAGUGUGAAAACGGGGCAGGCUGGUCACGGUGGGAGUGUCUCUGAUCACAGCGCUGAUGGCAGUAUAGGUGGUAGUUUUGAUGGCAGUAUAGGCGGUAGUGUUGAUGGCAGUGUAGGCGGUAGUGUUGAUGGCAGUGUAGGCGGUAGUGUUGAUGGCAGUAUAGGUGGUGGUGUUGAUGGCAGUAUAGGCGGUAGUGUUGAUUGCAGUAUAGGCGGUAGUGUUGAUGGCAGUAUAGGUGGUGGUGUUGAUGGCAGUAUAGGCGGUAGUGUUGAUUGCAGUAUAGGCGGUAGUGUUGAUUGUAAUAUAGGCGGUAGUGUUGAUGGCAGUAUAGGCAGUAGUGUUGAUAACAGUGUAGGCGGUAGUGUUGUGAUGGCAUAUAGGCGGUAUGUUGAUUGCAGUAUAGGCGGUAGUGUUGAUGGCAGUAUAGGCGGUAGUGUUGAUUGCAGUAUAGGCGGUAGUAUCGAUGGCAGUAUAAGCGAUAGUGUUGAUGGCAGUAUAGGCGGUAGUAUCGAUGGCUGUAUAGGCGGUAGUGUUGAUGGCAGUGUAGGUGGUAGUGUUGAUGGCAGUAUAGGCAGUAGUGUUGCUGGCAGUAUAGGUUGUAGUGUUGAUGGCAGUAUAGGAGGUAGUGUUGAUGGCAGUAUAGGUGGUAGUGUUGCUGGCAGUGUAGGCGGUAGUGUUGAUGGCAGUAUAGGUGGUAGUGUUGAUGGCAGUAUAGGUGGUAGUGUUGAUGGCAGUAUAGGCUGUAGCAUUGAUGGUACUAAUGUUAUUGUCAUGGUGUUGAUAGCAGUAUAG